AUGAACCAGGAGGAACUGGCCGACAAACUGUUGAGCGGAUCUGAUGCUGUCGAUUGUCAACAUAAAAUCAAAUCUCAUUUGAAGAAGAAGUUCAGGUGUGUGUUUGAGGGAAUUGCUAAAGCAGGACAGCGAACAUAUCUGAACGACUUCUACACAGAGAUCUUCAUCACAGAGAGAGGCAGUGGAGAGGUCAACAAGGAACAUGAGGUCAGAUUGAUUGAAACAGCUUCCAGGAAACCAGCCAAGGAAGAAACACCAAUCAGAUGUGAAGACAUCUUUAAACCCUUACCUGGACACAAUCAACCAAUAAGAACAAUGAUGACAACUGGAGUGGCCGGCAUUGGUAAAACCGUCUUAACACACAAGUUCACUCUGGACUGGGCUGAAGGCAAAACCAACCAGGACAUACACUUCACAUUUCUCCUCACUUUCAGAGAGCUGAAUUUACUGAAAGGGAAAGAGUUUAGCUUGGUGGAACUUCUUCAUCACCUCUUUAUAGACACCAAAGAAGCAGGAAUCUGCAGAUUCGACCAGUUCCAAGUUGUCUUCAUCUUGGAUGGUCUGGAUGAGUGUCGACUUCCUCUGGACUUCCAGAGAAACCCGAUCUGGACUGAUGUCACAAAGUCCACCUCGGUGGACGUGCUGCUGACCAACCUUAUCAGGGGCAACCUGCUUCCUUCUGCUCGCAUUUGGAUAACCACACGCCCUGCGGCAGCCAAUCAGAUCCCUGCUGAGUGUGUUGACAUGGGGACAGAGGUGAGGGGGUUCACCGACCAACAGAAGGAGGAGUACUUCAGGAAGAGAUUCAGAGAGGAGACGCUGGCCAGCACAAUUAUCUCCCACGUCAAGAAAUCACGAAGCCUCCACAUCAUGUGUCACAUCCCAGUCUUCUGUUGGAUCACUGCUUCAGUUCUGGAGGACAUCUUCAAGAAAUCCCAGAUCGAAGAGAUGCCCAAGACCGUGACUCAGAUGUACAGCCACUUCCUGAGGGUUCAGUCCAUACAGGGGGACAGGAAAUACCAUGGGAGGGCUGAAACAGAUCCAGACUGGAGUUCAGAGAGCAGGGCGAUCAUUGUUUCUCUUGGAAAACUUGCUUUUAACCAGCUGGAGAGUGGCAACCUGAUCUUCUACGAGUCAGACCUGGCAGAGUGUGACAUCGAUAUCAGAGCAGCCUCUGUGUACUCAGGAGUGUUCACUCAGAUCUUUAAAGAGGAGUGUGGGCUGUACCAGGACAAGGUGUUCUGCUUUGUCCAUCUGAGCAUCCAGGAGUUUCUGGGGGCCCUUUAUGUCUUUCAGUCCUUCAUCGAUACUGGUGUCAAUCUGCUCUCAGAAGAACCACCAACCUCCAGGAAAGAUAAACUCCUCCUCUACCAGAGUGCUGUGGACAAGGCUUUACAGAGUGAGAACGGACACCUGGACUUGUUCCUCCGCUUCCUCCUGGGCCUCUCUCUGGAGACCAAUCAGAUUGUCCUACGGGGUCUUUUGGGACAGAAAAAAAGAUCACUGUCCACUCAGAUUAAAACAGUGUUUUACAUCAAGGAGAAGAUAAAGGGAGAUCUAUCUCCAGAGAGAAGCAUCAAUCUGUUCCACUGUCUGAAUGAGCUGAACGACUGUUCUCUAGUGAAGGAUAUCCAACAGUAUCUGACAUCAGGAAGUCUCUCCGGAGAAUCUCUCUCUCCUGCUCAGUGGUCAGCUCUGGUCUUCAUCCUACUGACAUCAGAAGAGGAGCUGGACGUGUUUGACCUGAAGGAAUACUCUGCUUCAGAAGAGGGUCUUCUGAGGCUGCUGCCAGUGGUCAAAGCCUCCAAAACAUCUAUGCUGAAUGCCUGCAAUCUGUCAGAGAGAUGCUGUGAAGCUCUGGCCUCAGUUCUCAGCUCCAACUCCUGUGGUCUGAGAGAGCUGGACCUGAGUACCAAUGAUCUGCAGGAUUCAGGAGUGAAGCUGCUCUCUGCUGGACUGGGGAGUCCACACUGUACACUGGAAACUCUCAGGCUGAAUGCCUGCCAUCUGUCGGAGAGAAGCUGUGAAGCUCUGGCCUCAGUUCUCAGCUCCACCUCCUCUAGUCUGAGAGAGCUGGACCUGAGUACCAAUCGGCUGAAGGAUUCAGCAGUGAAGCUGCUCUCUGCUGGACUGGGGAGUCCCCACUGUACACUGGAAACUCUCAGGCUGAAUGGCUGUGAUCUGUCUGAGGAAUGCUGUGAAGCUCUGGCCUCAGUUCUCAGCUCCAACUCCUCUAGUCUGAGAGAGCUGAACCUGAGUACCAAUCAGCUGAAGGAUUCAGGAGUGAAGCUGCUCUCUGCUGGACUGGGGAGUCCACACUGUACACUGGAAACUCUCAGGCUGAAUCGCUGCCAUCUGUCAGAGAGAUGCUGUGAAGCUCUGGCCUCAGUUCUCAGCUCCAACUCCUCUAGUCUGAGAGAGCUGGACCUGAGUACCAAUGAUCUGCAGGAUUCAGGAGUGAAGCUGCUCUCUGCUGGACUGGGGAGUCCCCACUGUACACUGGAAACUCUCAGGUAAGUUUUCAGCCUAUUCAAACUGUGUCUUGGGGUUGUUUAAUAUGUAACGGAUGGUCCACGAAUAGUUAGACCGUUAUCGAAAAAUAACUCGUAAAGCGGUAUGCAUGUUAUACAUGUUAUGUAUAACAUUUUGGCCCGCUGAUGUAAGGGUUAGGGGUUGACCUGUAAACUACUAGUAUGUUAUGUAUGUUAUACGUUAUGUAACUCUGGCCAGUAGAUGUUAGGGUUAGGAGAUUACCUGUUAACUGCUAGCAUGUUAUGUUUGUUUUAUGUUAUGUAACUCUGGUCAGCAGAUGUGAGCUGAGGAGUUGUCAUUAGUUUAGACAUGGGGAUGAGUCUUUAGCCGUGCUGUGAUCUGAAUAUAAUGUACACCUCACCAUAGAACAUCACUGGCCGUGGUAAAGUGAAUCACAUUGAACAUUAAAGAUGGACUUUAUUAGCUUCACAUUAGUUUGGUGUAGUGCUGCUCAUGUCCGAUGCAUUUCUGUUGCUCUUUUGCCUGCUGACAAAACUCUUCCUGGUUCUACACAACGUUAGAACCUGUGAAGAAACGGUCUCAGCGUACCAAACACAUCGGGUACGCUCCUUACUCUAACCGAACAAUAUCUCAUUGAGUUGUAGCUAUUGAGAAAGGAGCAUUUGUUUAAGAUCCUGUUUCACAUCUAAGUGAAGGAAGUUCUGAUGUCUGUGAUGAUGUCAUCUCCCCACUUCCUCUUCCUGUUCUCCUUGUCCUCUUCUCUCCUUGUCCUCCAAAUGGAAUGAAUACACUUUAAAAAUGUGGUUACUUUAGUAUGAACUGCUCUCAAC